AUGAAUUAUUCUGCGAUUCUUUUUGCUCGACAUUUUCAAGCCCCGGAAGACAACUAUACUUGUCCGAAAGGAACACAGUUCCUCUACGAGGGCUACAGCUAUCUCAUGGGUGGCGGAACAGAUCAUCUUUUCAACAUGGACCUCGAGCGUUCCUAUUGGUUGGCAACCCUUAAACCACGGUCUGAGGAGCCAAUGCCGAUUGAGGAGAUCGAUGGACGAAUUGCGCGCUGUGUGGUGUGUGAAGCGCCCACCAAUGUCUUUGCCUUCCACAGCCAAACUAGCACCCUGCCAUCCUGUCCUAAUACGUGGACAGAACUGUGGGCCGGGGUCAGUCUUGUACUGCACACUUCUGGUGGAUUCGGCGGCGGUCAGGGUCUCUCCUCACCAGGAAGUUGUAUGGAACAGUUCCACUAUUCUCCAGUCCUGGAGUGCAACAACAAUGCGGGCACCUGCCACUACUGGAACGACGCUAAGGUCUACUACUUACGUGCUAUACCGUCUGGCAAUAACACGCAGUUUGUAAAACCUGUUGGUCAGACGCUAAAGGCAGCUGAGGGACCAGUGGUGGAUAAUUUGAGCAAGUGUCGUCAAUUUGCUGGCAGUAUAGAAUGCUCCAUGGACUGCUACUAUGAUAAGUGCAGAUGCGUCGCACCGCAGGGCCCACUGGGUCCCCCUGGACCUCGUGGGCAACCUGGUCGGCCGGGUCCUAAAGGUUAUCCUGGUGAGUUGGGACCUUUUGGUCCCAAAGGUGUGCGUGGACCUCCCGGAGAUGACGGUCUUGAAGGCCCUCCUGGAGAGCGGGGACCUGCCGGUGACUUUGGCCCACCAGGCAAACAUGGUGAUUAUGUAAGUUGUCCCUAA